AUGAUGAAUCCUAGUGAAAUGCCAACGACAAGCAGGGCAGUGGAAAGUGAACCCGAGCAACGGUAAGUAUGAAUGCAAAAUACGCAGGACGUAGAGGACUGAGGCCGUAAUUAUUAAUUUGUUCAAUAAUUACCAAACGUUUCCCACUUAUAGAACACGGACAGCAAAGAAGAAGCGGAAGGCCGCUCCGCAAGCAAAUAAUCCAUCGGAGUUUGGACAGAUCCUGGAUAUUAUCCAGUCCCCGUAUUUAGUGCAAUAUUUGCAAGCUAAGGGACUGCUGGCGACAGAAGUUAGAUGUCGCUGUCGUAAGUCGAUGACAUUGCGAAUAUUGCGGCAGCACACGGACGGGUUUGCCUUCAGGUACACGAAAAUAUUAAUAUAAUGCAUUGCGCAGGUGUAACAAAUGUGGCACCAAAAGGGCACUGAGAACGGGUUCGGUGUUUAAGGAUAGUCGCCUGACGUUAUCGAAGGCAAUGAGAACGGCCGUUGCGUUUUUGGAGGGAAACGGUGUGGUGAGAUGCGCAGCUGUGGUUGGCAUAGGUGUGACUGCGGCAGUCCAAUGGUAUGACAUCUGGCGGGAUGUCUGCAGUAAGGCCCUCCUCAAGGAAGCCAAACAAUUAGGAGGGCCGGAAGUUGAAGUUCAAGUGGAUGAAACACUGAUAACGCGCCGCAAGUACAAUGUCGCACGGUUAAGAAAUGAGCACUGGAUUUUGGGUAAGGGUCUGCAGGUCGAUGACCAAUCACAGGCAUGUACGAUACAUGUAAACGGAAAGCGAUAUUUGAGCAAGUAAACGAUCGCAGCUGGUCCUCCCUGAAGGCCGUUAUAAAGAAAUGGGUUGCUCCCGGAAGCAUAAUAGUGACUGCCCAGUGGAAGGCAUAUGCAAAGCUAAGUGAAGAGGGAUACCGGCACGAAACGGUGAAUCAUUCGAAAAAUUUUGUGGACCCCACCUCCAGAAAGAACACGAACGCAAUUGAGGCCUAUUGGAGUAGGCUGAAAAAGAAGUUGCGCGAACGCGGACCUACGAAAGGCCGAAGGAUAUGGGCCUACCUCGAUGAAGCACAGUACCGACUGUGGUUCGGACUGAAAGCAAGUAAUUUGGCAAAGUCCUGGGAAAGAUUCCUGUCCCAUGUGGCUCAGGCCUAUCCAGUAUCGGAAGCGCAAUCGGAAACCGAGAUAAUUUGCAGCUGACCAGAAAGGUAAGCAGUAACAUGUUAACGAUGUUGUACACCUAGUUGAAUAAUAGCGGCCACUGUAAAAACAGUCAAACGGAACAGCCGAACGGCCAGGCAAUGGACAUUUUGGCCAUUGAGAACGGGUGCAGCGGGAAAAGUUUGGAAUUCUUUCAUACUCCGCACAUAAAUAGUGAAUUCCUUACUAUACCUCUGAACUUUUGUUUCCGUUUUUUUCCGUUUCCCAGCCAAAAAUGA